UAUAAUGUUUGUUCAAAAAUUAGUUUCAAGAACACACGUUUUCUGUAUAGUAAAAAAAUUUUGCCCAAAGAUCGAACAUUCACAGUGACCCGCCGACACUUGGACACUACGAAAUUUAGCUAGCAAAAGAACCAAUUGAACAAAUCUUGAAGUCUUGAUAACAAUGGUUGAAUACACACGUCAACCAUGUCCAAUACGCAUUGUGGAGGAUUGCGGCUGUGCCUUUAUGAUGGGCUGUAUCGGUGGCUCCAUGUUCCAGUAUAUGAGGGGCUUCAGAAAUGCGCCAACUGGUAUUUUGCGCGGCCUUUACGGAGGCUUAGACUCCGUUAAGAUGAAGACGCCGGCAAUAGCCGGCAGCUUUGCCGUUUGGGGCGCCACAUUCAGCACGGUUGACUGCACCAUGGUCUACUACAGGCAGCGAGAGGACUCUUGGAAUUCGAUCGUAAGUGGCGCUGCCACGGGCGGCAUACUUGCUGCCCGCAACGGCAUCAAAGCAAUGGGCAAUGGUGCCUUGGUCGGAGGAUUGGUGCUGGCCAUGAUCGAGGGUGCUGGUGCUGCGGUAGCCACAAUUUAUGCGGCCCAGCCAUCCUGCACAGAAAGUGCCCAUCCUCUGCGACCGCAAUGGGAGCAGAUGUCUGUGGCGCCCGACAACAACGGACAGCAGAGCAGCAGUGAUGCCCUGGCGGAGAUUGAGCGUGUGCUGGACAAGUGCAAUACGUACAAAAGUCCAACGAGAAGGGCUAGGCAAAAGCCCAAGUACAUGGAGACCGAAGACUAUAUCAAACAGUCGCCAUCCCUUCUGGAGCUGGUGAAACUAGCUAACAUUUUUAAAACUUAACUAAUUUAAUAACCUUUUCGGCCAUCAUAUAUUAGUCAUAAUUUACUUCAAAAUUAGAUGCAUGUGCACCAGAUGUUUACUAAAAAGACCUGAGAUUU